GAAACUGUGUACCGCGUACCUGAAGUCGAUUACGCGUUUCUUUUAUUAUUAUUAUUUUACAGCUUCCAUUAUACUGGCCGUCGAACGGCGACGGACUAAUCGACUGACCGUUGAUUGGUAGAGUUGCCGCCUCGUGCGUUACCUGUGCUGCUGUCGAAACGUCUUCUUCUGCUUUUGUUCUUGAUUGCUGCUACAUUUAUUUCCUCCUCUCUUUUUCUUACAAAAAAAAAGAAACGGAUUACCUUCCAUUUGUUUAUCUCCUCUUGCUGAUUUUAUAAGUACACAGUCGGGGGGAUUCUCUUGCUAUUUUUGGUUUAGUGGCGUUAUCUUGCCACUCUGCAGAGCGUAUGCUGCGUCAACUGUCUUCCCGCUUCCUCUGUUCUUUUCCCAAACCAAACCGUGGUCCAGAUUGACCGUUUGCGUAGCGCAAGAUGAACUACCAGGUAUUCAGUUAUAUGCCGAGCACGUCCGCGGCCGCAGCUGAUCCGCAGCCGCGUCCGAUCCGUGUCACGCCGUCCGCCCUGUCGCCGCUGCUCUACGCCAUUCUGUACUCUAUCGAGUUCCAAUCCCCGGUUGGGCCUCGACCCCCAACCCUUCGCGACCCCUCUGCCGGCCGCAGCCCCGGCCGUGUCAGUGGUGGCGGUGGCGGCCGCGGUGGUGCAGCUGCCCCUUCCGCCACGGCGCUGCUCACCUCCGCGGUGUCUGUCAUGUCGAGCUUCUGGGGACGCACAGCCACCAACGCAGCGACCACAGGCACCACACCAUCCCAGCAGCAGCAACAAGGAUCGUUGUCUGCCUUCUGCGGAGUAGGCGAGUCCGUCCUCGCCGGCUCUGGUGCUAACCAAACGGCUUCCCUGUCUCCUCCUCGAACGUUGACUGUGGUGGAGGAGGCGGAGCUGGCGGCACUGCAGCGCCAACAUGAGCAGCCCUUCGUUGUCCCCGUCACCCAAGUCUUGCAGAAACUCGGUGGCGUGCACAUCACCGUACGCGAGACACACAACCCCACUAUCACCACGGCGUACGCGCGCGCGAUGGAGGAAGUCGAGAUGCUCGUCGCGGAACAUCAGCAGCGGCUGGAGCGGAUGUCGCUGCACUCCGCCUCUUUUUCUAGUCAUCCCGGGGCGGCGGUAUCGAGCGCUUCGCCGAGUGCGUCGGCACUCAUGCACAACAGCGACGCCGUCAACGAUAGCGCAUCCGCGAAGGAGGAAAACACGAUGGAGUGCUACGCGUGUACAUCACCAUCUGCAGCUGCGGGGGGUAACAGCGGAAGGGUGCAGCCGCUAGUAUCACCCGCCUCACCAACAUCUUCCUCGCGGUUCAUUAUGCGCGUCGGCAGUCCCACGUCGAACUUGACGGCUGCCGCCGCCGCCGGUGCUGCAGCGGUGGCCACCGGAAGUCGUGGCAGCGACAGUCAUAUCAACAACAACACGAACAGCUCUAACAGCAGUGGGGGUCGCGUCGACGAACUUGUGCCCAGUCUCGAUGAGGUCGGCUUGGUGCUCUCGGUGCGACUGUCGUCGAAGGAGGUAACGCGGUGGCGCAUUACGCAUGAGCGGCCGCUGGUGGAGUGGCGCUUCCCGAUUAUUCGCACUUCCAAUGAGCGGAUGAUGAUGCGGCCUCGCUCGCAAAGCCCCACCUUCACCUCUGCUGCGGCGUCGAGCGCAGGGGCUGGUUUUGCGUCGCGGGACUCGAGAGAACUGGGCGUGGAUGGCGGCAGCGCAGCGCACGACUUCAUCAUGGUGAACGACGCAGCGCAGAUGCAUCAGGUAUUAGAGUUUAUUCUGAAGACGAGUUAUCAGACAUCCAGCAUGGAGACGUUUACGGACUUCACCUCAGGCGAGCUUGUCUUUGAUGCGCACGUGCAUGAGAAGCGGCGCUUUUUGUAA